AUGGCCCAAACCAAAGCUUCCAAUUCUGUCUGUAAAGGGGAUAAUUCCCGUCUCAAAUUAGUGGCCCCAACCAGAGUUGAACCCGAAUCCGGAUCGAAAUUAUACCAUCCUAAUCCUGCCCGACUCUCAAUCGCCUUCCAUGCCCCGUCUACCUGGCACGGCCGAGCUCACGUACCGAACCGGGAAACAUUGUCCCGCGGUCGACCAAUUAGAAGCCCCGCAACCUUAGGCCGCACACAACCGCACCGCGCGAGCAAGAGGGCAACGCCUCACGACCGUGCGGCACAACCCGUGCCAAACGCACGACCCAUCCGUCCGAUCAGGAAGGCCUCAUCCCAUGUCCGGCCGAAUCCCUCGACCAAUUUCAUCCGUCCAGCCGAACCCGAUGAACGAACGAAUAAUCUCUCUGCCACGAUCGACCCGACCAUGCCGAUAGCCGAUCAUCACCCGAUAGCCGGCCGAAUGUCCCGACCGACUGUUUCACACGUUUCAAGCCCAAUUACACGACCGACUUAUUAG